UCAAUACAAUCUUUAUGGAAUCAGACGCUUACAUUUCUCUCACUCUAUCUUUUUCUCUUGUCCCAGCAUUGAUGGAAUAACGACAACUUAGUAAUUUGUUUCCAUAGAAACGUUAACUUUAUAUUUCCUAUUGGAGAUUCUGUGUAUCAGCGGUCAUGUUGUUUUACCAACAUCUGAAUGUUAUUUGAAAUUUUGAAUCUGAGAUGCAACACAAGAAUUUAUUAUCUAUUCAAAGGAAAUACUUCAUAUGAAUUUCUAUAGAUAAAUAGUGUUUGGAGUAGAACUGGAACAUAAAAAAAAUAUUCCGGAAAAUACGACGUUGUAUAGUGUAAAAUCUUCGUAAGGAAAGGAUAAAUAUACUUAGAAGGGAGUUUGCAUUGGUAGAUUGAGUGCAUUACGUCCUUUCAUUAUUCAGUAUAAGACGAAAGAGCAAAGUUAUACCAUAGCUUGUCUAUGUCUGGGCGAAAAAGAAGAAGAAAAGCUCCCAUAUUCAAUUUGCCGUGCGAAAUUAAUGAAGUGAAUGCAGAAAGAAUUGGUUCUGAAUAAAGCCUAAUGGAAAGUCACGAUUUUAUGAGAGUUGAUCCCUGGAGGACAGGAAAUUAGCCGACAACGAAAUAAAUGUGUUCGAAAUGCAGGAACAUUCCGCCUAAUGAAUGAAGUUAGAAAUUACAACAAUGACCGAAGAACCAUAUAUCGCCUUGAUGAAAUUUGUUUUCAUCGUCUACAUUAUACAUCCAUCACAGUCGCAAAUGAAUGAAAACAUCACAUACAUAUCAGACGAUUAUCCGACUACUGUUCCUGAUGAACAACGACUUUACGAAUACUUGAUGGAUGGUUACGAAAAAUCCGUGCGGCCAGUACGAAAUUCCUCUACUAUUCUUCUCGUAAAAUUUGCUCUGCAUCUCAACCAGAUCAUUGGCUUGGAUGAAAGACAUCAAGUCCUAACGACCAAUGUGUUUAUCGACCAGCAAUGGUUAGACGAAAGUCUUUCCUGGGAACCAGAUGACUACAACAAUAUCCGGUCAAUUCGGAUACCAGCGAGCAAUGUUUGGUUACCAGACACUUUCAUAUACAACAACGCUGAUGGAGGAUCUACUGGAUUUAUGAAAGGAACGUAUGUGUUGGUAAACUAUAAUGGGACAGUACUCUGGCCGGUACCUGUCAAACUGAAGAGCUCUUGCAAGGUUGACAUCACUUACUUCCCUUUCGACGACCAAUUGUGCUUUCUACGAUUUGGUUCCUGGAUUUACAGCAGUUUGUGGAUGGACUAUGACACCAUGUAUCAAAAUCGCUCCAUUGAACUUUCAUCAUACGUUAACAAUAGUGAAUGGGAUUUAUUAUCUGUAAUGCUCAAAAAGAAUAUUCGCGUUCAUUCCUGCUGUGAAGACCCCUACCCGGACCUCACAUACACUUUGCACGUGCGCAGAAAGACAUUUUAUUACAUCUUUAAUAUCAUCGUUCCGUGCAUCAUGUUAUCAAUAUUGACACUGCUGACUUUUUGGUUGCCACCUACUUCCGGUGAAAAGAUAACUCUUGGUUUGUCUGUCUUCCUCGCAUUUUCUAUGUUUAUGUUGCUCAUUGCGGAAGAAGUACCAGCCACGUCCGAAGCUGUUCCACUCAUAGGUAUUUAUCUUUGCGUUGUUAUGACCCUGACCUCUCUUUCUGUUAUAAUGGCGGUAAUGGUGAUCAAUUUGUACAACCGUGGUGCGAAGACACGAAGAGCACCGGUAUGGGUGCGUGUUCUUGUUCUCAAGUGGAUUUCCUUUAUAUUACGCAUGCGCCAUGACCUUGAAAGAAUUGUAGAAUCAAUCAAUUUGGAAAGUGACGCUGAAAUAGACACAAGACGUAGUUCAUUUAGAGCAAAGAGAAGACAAACGUCAAUGAGGAGGACACGAGAAACCGCUCUAUCUUCAAUACAAGAAUACACAUUAUCGCGACAUAACACAAUACGCCGUCGUCAUAGUAACAAUGAAUCUAACGCUGAUGAUGACGAAGGUGCUGCAGCAACACCACUUACUGCUGAUAUAGACAAUGAUCAAGAAAACGAGGUGAUUUGGAUACGGCGUGAUGACGUCUAUCCGGAAACGAAUAAGCCGAAAACUAUGAAAUUUGAAAUGGAGGAGCACGGCGGUCGGAAUGAACACGUUCAACCUUCUAGUUCUAGAAUGGCUCAUAGACAAACAGAAUUUCGACCAAGACCGAAAUUUAAGACUCAGAAGGCUACAAAGCCAUGUAUCAUCUCAAACGAAAUAAAACCUAAAGAAGGUGAUACGAAAAGUGAAAUAUAUUACCGGAAGUUGAUUGUGGCAGAAUGGCAGCGCGUUGCUGCUGUUGUUGACAGACUUCUAUUUUGGCUUUACUUCAUUGGAACUAUCGCAUCAUACAUGGUUAUUCUUAUCAUCAUUCCGGGAGAAAAUUAUGAUUUAUGGGAUGCUAAAAUACAGCAAACUCCGUACAUAAGAUCUAACAGUAGAUAUACUAUGUAGUGUAAAUACGGGAAUGUUGCAUAUGUAUGUAACAAGUCAUGUUACACGCAUUAAUAUGAAAGACCAGUGAUGACACUUCUUAAUUCAGACUUCGUAUUUCAUGAUUCGCACUUCAGACUUCAUGGAAAAAUGCUUUAUCAUUACAUGUAUAUAGGAUCUUGCUUCACACUUCACAUUUCAUAGUUCAGACCUCAUACUCCACACUUCAUACUUCACACCUCGCACCUCUGACUUCAUACAUCAUACUUCUGACUUCAUGUAAAGUGUGAAGUCUGAAAUGUGAAGUCUGAAGUCUGAAAAAUAAAGUGUGAAGUAUAAAAUAUAAAAUCUUAAAUGUGAAGAAUGAAGUGUCACCAUCGGUCUUUCGUACAUUAAUCUUACUGAUUGCUUUCAGUAAAAGGCAAUCUAGAACAAUCUUCAAAUAAUUAACCAUAAACGAUAAAAAAUAUACUGAGCAGAAAAUACCCUUUCUUUAGAACAAACAUCAAUGGUACAUUUUUUUAAUGUAUUGCACGGUAAUUUGGAAAAAAAAAUAUUUCAAACGACAGACAAUAUUUUCUAAUGACAUGUUCAUGGAGCCAAAUAAUACUUAUAUUAAAAUGUUGUUUGAAAUGUUUAUCUUUUGUUAUUAAACAAAAUAACCAAGAACUCGGCAUUAAAUUUAACUGUCAUGAA